ACCCUCCAAUAAGAACAACAAAAAAGUCCCCUACAAACAAACAUAAAUUUCCAGAGCUAGCCAUGUUAUUAGGCAUGUAUAGUACAAUGACUUCACUCUCAGAAAACCUCUCCCCACCCACGCCACCUCCACUACUACCACCACCACCUUCAUCACCAACAGUAAGCCGAUACGAGCUACAAAAACGUCGAGACUGGAACUCAUUCGGACAAUACUUAAAAAACCACAAACCACCAUUACUACUAUCAAGGUGUAGUGGAGCCAACAUUCUUGAAUUCUUGAAGUAUUUAGACCAGUUCGGGAAAACCAAGGUUCAUAACUGUUCUUGUCCGUUUUUUGGACACCCUCAGCCGCCAGCACCGUGCACGUGUCCGUUGAGACAAGCGUGGGGUAGCCUUGACGCGCUUAUUGGUAGGCUACGCGCUGCAUUUGAAGAGAAUGGAGGAAAGACUGAGACGAAUCCAUUUGGUGCAAGAGCAGUGAGGUUGUAUUUGAGGGAAGUGAGAGACACGCAAGCGAAGGCGAGGGGGAUUGGUUAUGAGAAGAAGAAAAGAAGGAAUGUUAAGAAGCAUUUUCAGGAGCAAGAAGAAAAAGGAGGAGAUAGGCCUAGUACUAUUUGUGAUUAA